GACAAUCAGAUGAAAGAGUUUAGUUAAUUGACACAAAAUAGAGCAGGACACUUUCGGGGAAAGGAGCACAAAGACGAUAACAAUUUGACAUAUUUUCCAACAGCCACUACCACAGCCAGUUCUUCCAUUGGCCUUGAAUCAUUUGUGGACAGGUGUGCAGGCUCAGAACUGGACACAAGUUCUGCAAUCUGGGCUGUGUUGGCUAUCAAAAGCUCCCAGGCAGAGAGAGGGGCACCCUGUGAAGGACUGCGGUCAACGGAUAAGGCCCACACAAUCGCGAAGGGCUGUGGGUCCAACUGACCGCCACGGAAUAUCAGCGCGCGCGCGAGACUGGGUGUCUACAGUCUCCCGCUAGCCGCGUGUGCCAAACACUUGCAGGCAAUCAUACUGGAGAUGCAGGCCCCGCAGCCAUCUCACAGCCAAGCAUCCACUCCCUUCCCUCUAGCCUUCUGGAGGCUCCGCCCCAGGCCUGGUCUAGGCCCCGCCCCAUUCUGCUCACGCCCAGGCCCCGCCCCAUCCUGUCCCCGCCCCCGCCAGUUGACUAACCUUCCCAGAAGCCCCGCCUCCUCCCAGCCCCAGAGUGGGGCCCCGCCCAACCCUAACCGCCCUUCGACGCUAAACGGCUUCUAGCCGGAGAGCUUCCCGCGCUCUAAUUGGCCGUGUUGGUCACCGUUCCGCAGUUCGAUUGGCUCCCGGCGCCCGCUUUCUCAGGCCCUGCCCUUGGGCGGAGGCGGGGCCAGAGGCGGCGGGCUGCGCGGGAGUGGCUGGCUGUGCGGAGGGGGCGGGUCCUCGCCGCGCGCAGUGCUCGGGCCAGAGCUCGAGGCGCUGCUUACCGUCGCCUGAGCUAGGAGACGCCGUGGCCGCCGCUGGGUCGCCUCGGGCUUCGCGUCGCGCCGUGUCUGCCUCCUCUGCCCCACCCGAUCGGCAGCACAGGCUCUACCUAGUCCGCGGCCUCCCUGUCCGCGGCGGGGCAGGUGGUUUUGCUGAGGUGAACUCCUGCCCUGCCUUCUGGUAGCUGCUGCCUCCUGACCCUGAGCUCUCGGCGAACCUGGGAAGGGGAUGAGAAUAGGGUAGGUGAGCUCCAGCCAAGCCAGCCCUGCCAGAGACCUCCAGUUUUGGUGGAUGGUGCUCUGAGCCACAGUGCACUUGAGCGUUUGGAUCUAUGGACCUGCUUUGAACCAUAGAGCCUGCCUAUGGGGGAAGGUGACGCCAUCUGGGCCCCAUCCAUCCUUCCUCACAGUACCCUCAGCACCUUAAGCCACCACCCUGAGCUACAUUUUGGAGGGAAGAUGGAAUCUAAGGUCUCGGAAGGUGGCCUGAACGUAACCCUGACCAUCCGCCUCCUGAUGCAUGGAAAGGAAGUUGGAAGCAUCAUCGGGAAGAAAGGAGAAACAGUAAAGAAGAUGCGUGAAGAGAGUGGCGCCAGGAUCAACAUCUCAGAGGGAAACUGCCCAGAGAGAAUCGUCACCAUCACAGGCCCAACGGACGCCAUCUUCAAGGCCUUUGCUAUGAUUGCAUACAAGUUUGAGGAGGACAUCAUUAAUUCCAUGAGCAACAGCCCUGCCACCAGCAAGCCCCCCGUGACACUGCGACUAGUGGUCCCUGCCAGCCAGUGUGGGUCCCUGAUCGGCAAAGGUGGCUCCAAGAUCAAGGAGAUCCGGGAGUCCACAGGUGCUCAGGUCCAGGUGGCAGGUGACAUGCUGCCCAACUCCACGGAGCGGGCGGUGACUAUCUCAGGGACCCCGGACGCCAUCAUCCAGUGUGUGAAACAGAUCUGUGUGGUCAUGCUGGAGUCCCCACCGAAAGGUGCCACCAUUCCCUACCGCCCAAAGCCCGCCUCCACCCCUGUCAUUUUUGCAGGUGGUCAGGCCUACACAAUCCAGGGACAGUACGCCAUCCCCCACCCAGAUUUGACCAAGCUCCACCAGUUGGCCAUGCAGCAAACCCCCUUUCCUCCCCUCGGACAGACCAACCCCGCUUUCCCCGGAGAAAAGCUGCCUUUACACUCCUCCGAAGAAGCUCAAAAUCUGAUGGGCCAGUCGUCAGGUCUGGAUGCCAGCCCACCGGCCAGCACUCAUGAACUCACCAUUCCCAAUGAUCUUAUAGGCUGCAUAAUUGGACGCCAAGGCACCAAAAUCAAUGAAAUCCGACAGAUGUCUGGAGCUCAGAUCAAAAUCGCCAACGCCACUGAAGGGUCAUCAGAGCGCCAGAUUACCAUCACAGGGACCCCAGCCAACAUCAGCCUCGCCCAGUAUCUCAUCAACGCUAGGCUGACGUCUGAGGUCACUGGGAUGGGUGCGCUCUAACCUCCCCGAGAUCCUCCACUGCACACAUCGGAUGGCUCCAGCCCGCAGCCUCACCAGCUGACACACUGUACAGACUGCCUGUCCUUCCUUGCAGAUAUGACUAGAGCGUUUUCUUUACAGACAGGUGAUAGUGCGUGUCUGCCCACUCAGGCCCUGUGCGCUCCGUGUUAGUGUAGCCUCCACGCAUUGGCAUGCAGCUCUUUACUUUAAUGCUCAACGUAUUCCCAAAUGUGAUGUUUCAGAGAUGUAUUCCUCAGUAUCCAUGUGACUACCUGUUUAAAAGUUGGUUUGAUGCUUUAACAGCACUUCCCAUGUCCUGCUGCCCCUUGUUCUCAGAGACCCUCCUCUCCCACCCGGUCUACUGACUCAUUGCCACCCUAGAUUGUCCACAGGGAUCAGAGGUACUUUUCUUGUAACCUGCAGGGAGUGUCUGGAAGAGGAGGGACUUGGGGAGUAUCUAAGGAGCAGGGUGGAGUGCCAGAGGGUGGGGUGGGACCCUGGCUUCACUGGGAUAUCUCGGGGAGGGGGCGCUUGGGGCCCCCAGGUGUCUUCCAAAAUGGCUAAGAACAAGGACUUGCCAGAAAGUUCAUCUGCACCCAUCAGAGUUUAAUAAAUGUCGUGUUCCUCUCC